CAUUAACAACUAUAGGUCAUCGUACGGCCUUCACCGAUGAGCAAAGCCCAUACCGCAUAGUAUGUCGGUCUAUAGUGUUAAACAUCGCCGGAUCGUUGUGUUUUUUUAAUGAGUUCCUUGUCUCUCUUUUUCAGUUAUAUUUAAAAAAUUUCACAGAUAAUGACAGAAUGGCAUGACCUGUAAGAAUAUCACGUUUGAACCAAUGUCAUAACAGAUGGUUAAAGAAUACAAGUGUUCCUUGUGUGGGAAGUGUCACCUUAAAGAUAGACGUCCUAUUAAGUCUACACCUUUAAAGAAAUAUGUAUCAUCAAUAAUUGGACGUAAUGUAGAAAAUGAUGAAGUUAUCUGUGGAAAAUGUAGAACUAUGUUUAACAAAUCGGCUAAGACAAAUGUACAGACGAACAACAAUACUUCUGAAGACAGUGAUUCUGAAUUUGUGGUAGAAAAUUCACCAAUUAUCGAUAUCCAAAGUCCAAAAACAAUUCACCUGAAUAUUUCGUCAACGCAUACUUCUCAUAAAUACUGUAUAAUAUGUAAGAAAAAAGGAAAUAAGCGUGUUAAACUAUGCGUUGUUCCUUUGAAAGCAAGAACACAAGCAUUUAUACAAAACGCAAUAUUUGUUGACUCUAAAGCAAGAUGUUGCACGUCUCAUCUUCAAGAACAUAAUUUUUCUCGAGCAUCACUGAUGAUCCUGAAAGCUAAAUACACUAAAUCUUUCUUCAGCCGUACCGAAAUUGUAGCUCUUCUAGAAAAUGUCCGGCUUACUAUGUCAAAAUCCUCUAUUUUGGAUUUUGAUAAUCCAUCUAGACUAACAGACGAUGAUUAUUUUAACUUAACUGGGUUAACAAAGCAGCAGUUUGAGGAUUUGUCAACUUACACUACUACAAUACGUCAAUCUAAUGUAAGAUCUGUUCGAACAUGUUUGGCAAUACUUUUGACUAAAUUACGCACUGGUCUUCCUAAUCAAAUUCUUGGAACUAUAUUUUCACUGACAAAAAGCCAAGUUCAAAGAAGUAUACACAGCGCUCGAACUUCUUUGCAGUCAUUUGUUACUCAGAAUGUAGGGUUUCAGCACAUAAGCCAUGUUGAUUUUGUUGAGAAUCAUACAACUGCCACUGCUCAAACACUUUUUGGCAACAACGAAAAAGUAGCUAUUAUAGUAAUGGACGGCACCUACAUAUACAUCCAAAAAAGUUCAGAUUACAAAUUCCAACGCCAAUCAUAUAGCUUGCAUAAACAUCGUCCUUUGGUAAAGCCAAUGGUGGUUGUUGGGACAGACGGCUAUAUUCUUUCCGUUUUAGGUCCCUACUUAUCCAAUGGUAAAAACAACGAUGCAGCUAUUACUAAACAUAUGGUGGCAGUGAAUGCUGAAGGAAUGAAUGAAUGGCUUCAACAGGAUGAUGUAUGUAUUGUCGAUAGAGGUUUCCGUGAUGUUGUGGAAUACCUUGAACAACAGGGUUACUCUGUUCAGAUGCCACUAUACCUUAAAAAGGGUCAAAAACAGCAUACAACAGAAGAGGCAAAUAGCAGUAGACUAGUUACAAAAGUCAGGUGGAUUGUAGAAAGUGUUAAUGGUAGGCUGAAACAAUGGCGUUUUUUUGACAAGGUUGUUUCCAACCAUUACAUCCCUUUCAUCGGAGAAUUGUUACGGUUAGUUUGUGCAUUGUGUAACAAAUAUCGACCUGCAAUUGCCAGCUCAAAUGCAGAUGAUAUCAAAAUAGCUGAGGUAAUGCUUGAUAAAUGCAAGAAAGGAAAUUUAGUUCAAGCGAUUGUUGAAAAUGAGGGAUUGAUAAAUAAACGGGUAAUAUAUACACUAGUUGAUGGAUCCUCAGCGGAUCAGCUAAAAGAUUUCCCGGUCUUGUCCGAGGAAAAACUCUGCCAGAUAACAAUGGGGAUAUACCAACUAAAACAAUCCCCUUUAUAUGUUAGAGAGCAUAUUGGUGAUGACAGUGUAUAUCAGCUAUAUGUUUGUAAGAUCAAGGAGAACUUGAUUAAAAUCAAAUUGCAGUCUCGUUUUAGUAACAGCGCUACCCACAAUGUAUUUGUACAGUAUACAUUAGACGGUGAAAUAAGUGGGUGGUACUGUACUUGCAAGGUUGGAGCCAGAAUUGUUGGAUGUUGUGCCCACGUAUCCAGUGUACUUUGGUACUUAGGAUUACACCGACUUCAAAAUACAUCUAUUAAUAGUCCCAGAUUUACGAAGUCAGUUUUGGAUGCCUCAGAUCUACCCGAAUUAGACACUGACAGUGACGGUAGUUCUGAUGUUGAGGAAUGAUUCUACAAUGUGUCUAGUAGUCGUUUGGCUCCGGUGGCAACUUCUUAAUAUUUUAAUGAUUUAGAACUUUCCAGAAACAUUUAUAUAGUCAGACAUAACAAAAUAGUAUAUAUAAGUAAGGAUGAACAGUAUUAAUAGGUAUUGGAAAUAAUUUAUUUGUCAAUCUAGAUUUAAACUUUUUAUUCUUCAGCUACA